AUGUCCGCCCCGCGACGCAAUGGCCAGCCGCCGCUCUCGUGUGAACCGUGCCGCAAGGCCAAGGUGCGCUGCGAUAACGCGACCCCGGCCUGCCAGAACUGUAUCCGUCGAGGCAAGGCCGACGGCUGUGUCUAUCCCAUCUCCCCCGUAACACGCACCUGGUACUCCGACAAUGCCCCGUCGCCGACCGCGUCGCCGCGCUCACAGGGCCGCCCGGAUUCCCUCAUUCAGGGCGGCCGGUCGACCCCCAACGGCGACGAGAAGCUCGCCAUGGGCCUGCCCCCAAACAACAACUCCGCCAUGUUCAGCGAGAUGGACGAGCAGUUCCGGGGGUCACUGUACAUCGAUUCCUCCUCCGCGGGCCGGGCCGAACCCGCCACACCAGAUCCGAGGCAGGUUCAGAUGGGCGCACGACUGCUCGCCUUGCUGUUCGAAAAUCUCCCCCUGUACGAGCACUUGGCUGAAACAUCGCUCGAUGUCUGGCCCGAGGGCUGCAUCCUGGGCCACCGUCUUAUCACGGGCAUGUUCGAGGCACUGGAGGAUAUCCUAGAGGCCCUGACGUCCGACCCCAGCUAUGUUAAGGACCGCCAUUCGACCAUGCUGCGGUGGUCGCAGAAGAUCUUCGAUGACAGCUCGAAGGCCCUGACCGUGCAUGCUUCCACCACGCCCGAGGACUACAUCCGUCGGCUCUCCUCGCGGUGGGAGGGUAUUGGCCUAGUGUACUCGAUUGUGGGACAAGGUGCCAUGCUGGAGCGCGAUUGGCGGUCCAUUCGCGAGCGUGAACGCAACGUGCCUCGUGACCAGAAGUCGCUCGCCGCCCAAGCCGUCUCUGCCAGCGAUGCUUGUCUUCAGUUCUGUGACACUUUUGGGGCGGUGGAUGAUUCGCUCGGCUGGCUCUUGUUCCAGCACCUUCAUUUGCUGACUCUGGUUUAUGGUGAGAAUGAUCCCCGAGCUUGGAGAAAGCUGGCUGAGCUUGCAACUGUCGCCUUCACCCUUGGCUCCAAUCAGUCGGAAAAGGACACGAAGACGCCGUUCUUCGUGGUCGAGCUUCGCAAACGUCUAGUUGCAGGCGCGUACAGCAUCGACAAACAGCUGGCAACUUCCUUGGGCAGACCUCCCCAGAUCAGCUGGCGCUACUAUGACGUCCAGUUUCCGCUCGACCUGAGCUAUGAUGAGAUCCUGGCGGAACCGAAAAUCCGCGAGGCGGCCAUCAGUAAACUUGACAAGACCGGCUGGAACACCCAGGGCGUCGUUGGGAAGUCAGCGUGGCUUCGCAUCGCUCUCCUCAUUGGCUCGACCCGGGAGCAGAUCCUUGAGUUGUCCCUCAGUCGCCGUAUUGACGAUUUGACACGGAAGGUUCAGGAGGUGUCGCAGCAAUCUCACAAAACUUGGAACGAGCUGCCCAGCUUCCUGCGCUGGCGGCCUGGCUCUCCGGACCCGAACGGGUCUAGCAGUGUUCUGCUGCCUCUUUACCUGAACUUUCUCUACAACGACUUCCUCCUCUAUCGCGUGUUGGUCAAGCGGACACAGAGCGGAGGCGAGGGGUUGAUCAGCGUCUCGCAGAACAUCUUGAGCACCAUCCUUGAGCUCAUUGGGAAAGAGAUCGGAUCUAGGGCAGGCACCUACAAUGUUGGGUGGAACGCAUCAUCCUUUGGCAUUCCGGCAGCCGGGGUCUUAGCGAUCGAGCUCCUCCGUCAGUCCGAAGCCCAGUCUCAGCUCCAAGCCACCACUUUCCGCCGAUCGGAGGUGAUCCAGAAACUCACCGUCUUCGCGUCCCAUCUACAGUACGUCGUGCGGCCACACGACGGCAUGUACGAUGUCUGCCAGCGUGCCCGGAAGGUCAUCUCCAACAUCCUCGAUCGGGUGCUGUCGGUCAGCCCGUCUCCGAUGCCCGCGUCUCUGCCCGCCGAUGUUCUGGCGACGAACUGGCUAAACGGGGAGGCUGUCACCUUAGAUGACGGCACUGACUUGUACCGGUGGAUUGAGAGUCUCUACCCUGAUACCACUGGCGCCGCUUCCUGGGCUUGA